AUAAUUAAUUAUCUGUUUAAGAGUUUAUAACUAUGUUUGGUUUACUUGAUGCCUGCCGGCGGCGAAAGAAAUCAGUGAUUCUCUCUACUAAACUCGUUUUCGCGUUUGGAAGAAGAAAUCAAAUGGUAGAGGAUGAAAAGAAACCAGAGGAGGAGAAGAAGGCCGAUGAAGAACACAAACCAGAGGAGAAGAAGGUCGAUGAAGAGCACAAACCAGAUCAGCCAAACGAAGAGAAGAUUAAAUCUGAUGAAUCGAAGGAACCGGCGAUAGAGAUUGCUUUGAAAGUCUAUAUGCAUUGUGAAGGAUGCGCUAAGAAGGUGAGAAGAUGUCUCAAGGGUUUUGAAGGAAUUGAUGAUGUUUUCAUCGACUGUAAGAAUCACAAAGUGAUAAUCAAAGGGGAUAAAGUAGAUCCAUUGAAGAUUCUAGAAAGGGUUCAAAAGAAAAGCCAUCGAAAAGUCGAACUAAUCUCACCGAUUCCAUCUCCGCCGCCUGCGGCGGAGAAUGUUAAGCCAGAGGUGAACGAAACCCCCAAAUUACCAGAAGAGGUGAUUACAGUGAUACUAAGAGUUUAUAUGCAUUGUGAAGCCUGUGCUGAAGAAUUCAAAAGACAGAUACUGAAAAUGGAUGGGGUGGAGAAUGUGGAACCAGAUCUUAAGAAUUCACAAGUAUCAGUGAAGGGUAUUUUUGAUCCUGUCAAGCUUUUGGAUCAUGUCUCCAAGAGAACAGGAAAGCAAGCUGUUAUAGUGAAACAAGAACCAGAGAAAAAAGAGGAUGAAGUGAAGAAAACUGAAGAUGCUGCCAUGGAGAAGAAGGAAGUUUGUGAGGAGAAGGUGAAGAAGAAUGAGUUGUAUUACUAUUAUCCAAGUCAUAAUCAAAUUGAUCAUCAGUUUGUGUACCAAAACUACCCUUCUCAGAUCUUCAGUGAUGAGAAUCCGAAUGGGUGUUCUGUUAUGUGAAAAUGAGACAACUAGAGGGGCGAAAUGGUAACAUAAUUUCUACCCGGAACUUUAGGGUUUAUGUGAUGUUGAAACUUUUUAGGGUUUAUUUUUCUAUUUCUAAAUUUGCUAUGAAUGGUGGGGCACUAUAGAGAAAUU